AUGGGAAAGCGAAAUAGAGCCACAUUGUUACCAAUUAAUUUACCACAAUUACAAAAUCUUAUAAAAAGGGAUCCUAUAUCUUACAAACAAGAUUUUUUGCAACAAUAUAGACAUUUUGAAUCACAGUUGGACAUUUUUAAAUUGAAGCCCGACGAAGAAGCUGAAGAAUUCGGAAGGUUGAUAACUUUCAUUUCACAGGUAGCACAAUGCUAUUCACAAGAAACCAGCUCGUUUCCGCAACAAUUGAUAAAUUUGCUCUCAGAAUGUUAUCAAAUCCUAAAUCCUAAUGUACGUAGAACUAUGGUACAAGCAUUGGUUUUGUUACGUAAUAAAGAUAUUAUACCGAGUAUCACUUUAUUAUCCUUAUGUUUUACAUUAUUUCGAGUUAGAGACAAGCAAUUAAGAGAAUUAUUAUACUCGUAUAUAGUAACGGAUAUAAAAAAUCAAAAUGCCAAGCAUAAAAAUAAUAAACUUAAUAAAACGUUACAAAGGGGAGAAAAAAUUGAUUCUAAAAUGGGUGAAGAUUCAAUUUCAGCAAAAAAAAGUCUGGAUGUUUGUAUUGAAUUAUAUAGAAAAGGAAUUUGGAAUGAUGCAAAAACAGUUAAUGUAAUAGCCGAAGCUUGUUUUCAUCAAAUAACAAAAAUUAAAGUUACUGCAAUCAAAUUUUUUUUGGGUUCAAAUCAAGAUCAAGAUGUUAGUAGUGAAGAUGAGAAGGAAUUACCAAAUAUAAGAAGAUUACAACACAUUAAUCAGAUUAAUAAAACAAAGAAAUCUAAAAAAAGAAAAUUAGGAAAAGCCUUGUCAACUAUUCGUAAAAAAGAAUUACAAAAACACAAAGCAGAAAAUUUUAACUUUUCUGCUUUACACCUUUUAAAUGAUCCUCAAGGAUUUUCCGAAAAGUUAUUUUCUACUUUAACAAGCUCUCAAUAUAAUGAUCGUUUUGAAGUAAAAAUAAUAACUUUAAAUUUAAUUUCUCGUAUAAUCGGUAUUCAUAAAUUAGUCUUAUUAAAUUUUUAUAGCUAUUUACAAAGAUAUUUACAACCACAUCAACGUGAUGUUACAUUGGUGUUGGUAAUAUUGGCUCAAGCUUGUCACGAACUUGUUCCACCUGAUGUGCUAGAACCUGUCGUAAGAGUUAUUGCUAAUAAUUUUGUCAGCGAUCAUUGCGCUGGAGAAGUUAUGGCAGCUGGGUUAAACGCUAUAAGAGAGAUUUGUUCAAGGCAACCAUUAGCUAUAGACUUUACUCUUUUACAAGAUUUAACGGAAUAUCGUUCAGACAAGAAUAAAGGUGUUAUGAUCGCUGCUAGAUCCUUAAUUGGAUUAUUUCGGGAAAUUAAUCCUGAAUUAUUGAAACGAAAAGAUAGGGGUAAAGUAGCAAGUAUGAAUUUAAAAGAUUUUAAACCAUUACAAUAUGGUCAAGUUCGUACUAUGGAACAAAUUGAGGGAAUUGAAUUAUUGGAAGAAUACAAACAAAAACUUGGUCGUUCUGAAAAUGAAGACGAAUGGUCAAGAUGGGAAAUCGCUUCAGAUAAUUCAAGUGAUGAUGAAGGGUGGAUUAAUGAAAAGAAAAUCUCAACUUUAGCGAUGACUCAGCUUUUAAGUCCAGCGGACUUUGCAAAGUUAAAUGAACUUAAAUUAGAACAUAAAUCCGAACAAUUAGUAGAUGGAGGGAAACGAAAUAGGAGUACUACACAAGAUGAACCUUCUGACAUUAUCGAUGUGAAUGCAAUCACUGGUCCACGCAAAAAAGCUAAACAGGAUUAUGAAGAACGUUUAGAAUCAAUUAAAUCUGGACGUGAAGGACGUGAAAAAUAUGGAAGUUCAAAAGGUAAAAAGUUUGAAGGUGCUAGUACCACUAACAAAGAAAAAGCUAGAAACAAAGCUUUUAUGAUGGUCAUUCAUAAGAAGAAUGCAUUGCAGAAAAAGAAGAUGAAUCCAAUUAACAAAACAAAGUAG